UUUAUUUGUACCCGAGCGUGAAAUACAUUCAAACCAUCACCGGAUUAACUUCAUCCGAAGACGUUUUAUGAAACUAAUCAAAGUUCUUCCUUCCAGAAUGUCUGCUGGUGAGGGCAACGGCCCGAUGGAAGCUGGCUUUUAUUGUGGCGUUGCUAGGCUACCAGACCUUCCUCUUUGGACCAGUGAUGAGAUUCACGCCUGAAACUUGAAUGCAUGCCGGCGUUCCUCUGCAGGCCCACUCGGGAUCUUCAUAAGGGCGACUAAUCUAAUGAGGGAGGAUGCCGACAGCAGCAGAUAUUGGAUGUGUGCAGCGGGGCUGAUAUAGAAUGUUCUCCUUCAAGAAACAAGCCAAAGGAGCGGGAUUCUGACAAGACGGCUGCGCGUCUGCCAUGUACACCGACUACAGAGCCAGCAGAGUCACAGGACUCAAUACUCUGCCCUUUGAUCCGUCCUCCAACAACGAUCCUCUCCACUUCAACAACAACGGCGGCUCGCUGCUGACCGAGUGUCCUCCUUUGGAAAACUCUGCCGAAAACAGCAAGAAGCGGAAGCGAGCCAGCCUGCCUCCAGAGGGGAUCCAUAACAUGCCCAUGGAGUCCAGCUCCUUAUCCAUGCCCAUGUCGGACCCCAACGCCUGGGCUACGGCCAUGAACAAUCUGGGCAUGCCUCCAAUGGGCAUCACUGGGCAGCCGCUCAUGCCAGAUUUUGACCCCAGCCUGGGAAUGAUGCCGGGGAUCGCGCCCAUCAACCCCAUGAUGCCUGGCCUCGGCAUGGUGCCCCCGCCCCUGUCGCACGAAUUCCCAGUCGUCAAGGAGAUAAUCCACUGCAAGACAUGCACCCUCUUCCCGCCUAACCCCAACCUACCACCUCCGGCCACCAGAGACCGCCCUCCGGGCUGUAAGACGGUGUUUGUCGGCGGCCUGCCGGAGAACGCCACCGAGCAGCUCAUCAUGGAGGUGUUCGGACAGUGUGGCGACAUCACCGCCAUCCGCAAGAGCAAGAAGAACUUCUGCCACAUUCGGUUCGCCGAGGAGUUCAAUGUGGACAACGCCCUCUUCCUCUCCGGUUAUCGCAUCCGCCUGGGCUCCAGCACGGACAACAAGGACACGGGCCGUCUCCACGUGGACUUCGCCCAGGCCAGGGACGACCUGUACGAGUGGGAGUGUCACCAGCGCAUGAUGGCCAGGGAGGAGCGCCACCGGCGAAGGAUGCAGGAGGAUCUCAUGCGGCCGCCUUCGCCGCCGCCCAUCGUGCACUUCUCGGAGCACGAGUGCAGCCAGCUGGGGGACAAGAUCAAAGACGACGGCCAGUUUGCUGAGGCGGUGCGGGUGCUGCUGACGUGGCUGGAGCGCGGCGAGGUCAAUCGGCGGAACGCCAACACCUUCUACUCCAUGAUCCAGUCGUCCAACAGUCACAUCCGCCGGCUGAUGAUGGAGAAGAGUCAGCACGAAAAGGAGAUGGAGGAGGCCAAGGAAAAGUUCAAGACGGCGCUGUCCGGCAUCCUGGCUCAGUUUGAGCAGAUUGUGUCUGUAUUCCAAGCCGCUUCCAAACAAAAGGCAUGGGACCAUUUCUCCAAAGCGCAGCGCAAGAGCCUGGACGUGUGGCGCAAACAAGCCGAGGAGAUCAGGAACAUGCACAACGAGCAGCUGAUGGACAUCCGGCGUGAGGAGGAGAUGGAGAUGUCUGACGACGACAUGGAGGAAUGCCCGGACAGCAAGGACUCUGAAGACUCAGGUGUGUCGCAGGCGGAGGCCCUGAAGGAGGAGAACGACUCGCUGCGCUGUCAGCUGGACGCCUACAGGAACGAGGUGGAGCUGCUGAAGCAAGAGCAGGGCAAGAACCAGCCGGUGAGGAGCGAGGAGGAGAGCACGCACAGCCAGCAGCUCAGCUUCCUGCAGCAGGCCCUGCAAGGCAUGCAGAAGCAACUGCUGAAGAUGAGGGAGGAAUUAAAACAGCGGGAGGCCGAGCUGGACAAGAGUCUGGAGGACAAGCAGGAGCUCAACCAACAAGUCCAGACCCUCAAGGAAGGACUGCAAAACCUGCAGAAGACACAGCUGGAGGGAUGCGAUCAGGACGAGAGUGUCGGCGGCGAGGAGGCUGCCAAUCAAGCCGCCAAUCAAGCCAAUGAGCUGGUGUCCUGCAGUCAGGAGAAGGAAGGUCCGACAGAGAAGAGGCAGACAACUCCGGUCCACUCAGAGAGGGAAGCUCUGCUCGUCGGAAUCAUUUCCACAUUCCUGCACGUGCACCCCUUCGGAGCAAGCAUCGAGUACAUCUGCUCCUACCUGCAGCGCUUGGACACCAAGAUCAACCCCACCGAAGUGGAGGCUCUCCUCUCCAGGCUGCCGUGCACCUUCAAGCAGGAGCUGACGGGUGUGGGCGCCAGUCUGGAGAAGCGCUGGAACUUCUGCGGGUUCCAGGGCAUCAAGAGCAUGUAAGGGCGGGUGUGCGUGGAGAGAGUCAUCCCCCCCCGCCCCCCACCCCUUCACGGACGACACGCGACAUUUGAGAACACGAUGUGCUCCACAGAUUCAGGAAUGUUAGUUUUAGUUGACGUGACGACUCUCCCCGGAGUCACAGCAGAAGUCACUGGAUCGCUACUUACAGGUGUGGCCCGCGCCGUGCCAGCUUUUUCUGAGCCUUUUGGGCGGGUGCGAUGGACUGAGGACGACACAGACUGCAACCCGUGAGGUCAUCAGGCUGGGACACAACCAUGCAGCCUCCAUCCCGUCUCUGUUUUUGUUUGUCCUUCCCGCUUUGUAAAAUAAUUUCUUGGGAAGAAAAGAAAAAAAAGACACAAGUAGUCAUAUAUUUCUUCAUUCUCCGCAAAGGCUGUGAAGAGGUGCAUAGAAUUGUUGUAAUACGCUGUAAAUGCUUGGAUUGUAUUUUUGAUUAUAAACAGGGAAUUUGAUUACAAGAA